AAUAGAUUAGCAAAGCAUAAUUAUAAAGGAAAGAAAUAGAAAGAUAUAAUACAUUUGUCAUUAGCUCACCUAUCGCCGAAUUAGAAAUGAACAAUACCUGUUGUAAUCGGUGUUUGUCCUUGGCUACAUACCAGCGGUCUAGCUCUGGGACACAGAGGCCUACUACCUACAUAGCUGACAUGCAUGCCUACCUACCUAGGUACAUAUAAAAGAACACCAGAUCUCGAGCAUAAACUCAAUCAUCAUCUCAACAACCUCAACCCUAACAUCACUAUCCUUCUACCGUAUAAAUUUGCAGUAAAAUCCCCUUAAACAACCUACCCCCUUUCCAUCAUGACUUCCUUCACAGUCUACAAAGGCUCCAAAAACGGAGUCACUAAGAGCUCUGCCACCAAGCCAGAAAACCUCACUGGUGAUAAAGUGUUGAUGAGGAUCACGGCGUCUGGAUUAUGCGGUACUGAUCUUCACAGGUUACACGAUGACGUUAUCCUCGGGCACGAAGGCGUCGGUAUUGUUGAGGCAGUAGGUCCGAACAGCAAGUACCUGAAGAAAGGUGACCGCGUGGGCUUCGGUUAUCAACACGACAGCUGCGGUAAUUGCCGGAACUGUCUGACGGGGAACGAGACUUACUGCGUCGAUCGCGCUUUGUAUGGUACUGAUAAGGUCGACCAAGGAAGCUUUGCUUCUCACGCUGUCGUCCGUGAGGCGUUUCUGCAUAAGAUCCCGGAGGGCAUGAGUGAUAUCGAUGCUGCUCCCCUGCAGUGCGCUGGCGCUACGGUGUUUGCCGUUCUGCAGGCUUAUAAUACGCGGCCUACUGAGACUGUUGGUGUCAUUGGACUAGGCGGCCUCGGCCACUUAGCGAUUCAAUUUGCAGCCAAGAUGGGAAACCGCGUCAUCGUUCUAUCCGGCUCGGACAGGAAAAAGGACCAGGCCAUGAAGCUCGGAGCCCACGAGUUCGUCUCCAUCAAAGACAAGGACAAGCUCGAGGUAUCGACCCUGAUCGACCGGCUGCUAGUCACGACGUCCGCGCAACCGAGCUGGGAACUUAUCCUGCCGAUCAUGGCUCCGGGCUCCGCCAUAUACCCCCUCUCCGUCGACUCUGGGAACCUCGAGAUCCCGUACAUGCCGCUGAUAUUCAAAGGCAUCGGCGUGCAAGGGUCUCUCGUCGCGUCGAGGAAUGUCCACCGGGAGAUGCUUGCGUUUGCGGCGCUGCAUAAUAUUAGGCCGAUUACCGAGACGUUUCCUAUGACGGAGGAGGGUGUUAAGGAGGCGAUUGAUAAGCUGGAGCGUGGGGAUGUCCAUCUUAGGGCGGUGUUGACUGUGGCGUAGUUGGGAAGGGAGUUGGAUCUCGUUGCUGGCUGUCUGGGGACGCUUAAUUAAAAGGGCGUAUGUGUAUAGAUUUGGCGCUGGUUAGAGGAAAACAGAAACUGGAGAGGGGUUAAUUAGGGGAAUUAGAGUAUAAAAUGUCGAAUUGGAAAUAAUUGCUAGAAGCUUCAUACUCAAGUCCCUGUCCUGGUACUCUUUCGUUCCCUGUGGGAUAUUGCAAUCGCUACACCAACGCGUAGCUGUAAGAUAGGGGUAAAUUU